UUACAACAAAGUAUCUACCAUUAAUGGUAGAUACGUGUAUUGGAUGACUAAUAUGGACGACAUUUCUAUUAAUGGUAAAAAACUUAAAUACAAGAUAAAAUUUGCAGCAUUUGAUCCUUCCUCAGAUUUCGUAUUUAUGUCAUCUGGUAAUGCUGAGGCCUAUCAUAAUUUAAUUAACGGAACAAACAAGAUUUGUAUUGAUAUUGGGUGUAGAUAUACUGUGCCCUGUAAAACAACUGAUAGAGUAGAAUAUAUAUUUAAUGGAAUCAAUUAUCAUUCAAACCCGAUCGCCGGGAAGCGUAAUGAUUUACGUACUUGUAUUUCUACAGUUCAAAGUGGAGAAGUUGAUGAUCAUACUUUGCUUAUUGGAGUUCCAUUUCUCAAAGAAGUUUACUCAGUCUAUAACAUAAAAGAUUUUACGAUUGGACUUGCUCCCGCAUCUAAAAUA